AUGAACAGCUUCCUGAAUAUGCCCAAAGUUGAUGCAGCAGCACGUACCGAUAUCCUUCAGAGUAUAAGCAAACUUCAUGCCAAACUGUAUAAGUACACUUCUGUAAAGACUUCUGCCCAAUUCACCAUCUCGCUACCCCGUGCCCUCACCAGCCAUAUUGCCCCUGUCCUUCCUUUGUGCCUGGUUAAUAAUUACGAGUUGACAGCUUUAAAGCACAUUGACAAGAGCAGGAAAGAACUGCCCGAGAAGGAAAACGAGAUGGCAAUGCUAACAGAUGCAAUAAGGUUAAGAGAACCACGUGCAGAGAAUCGAAGCAUCGCUUUGCACUGGACAAUGAUUAACAGCGAGAAUGGUCGCUAUUACGAUUGCCUGUCAUCGGUGUUCCAAAAGAUAAGUAAACUCGGAUUGAAUUCAUCCGAACUGGAACACUUUUGUCUUCACAAACCCCUCCAAAUUGCAUGCACGCGUGUUCAGGCAUUAACAUUUUGUUCUGCUUCUGACACGUUGAGUUAG